AUGUUCGACGUGCGCCUUCGCGGGAAAAGCGGACGGGGACCCCUUGCGCCAUCCAAUGCCGGUGAUUAUGCCACACACAAUGGCAGCAGCGGCUUCGAAAGCAGCAGCGAUCUCAUUGGCGGCCGCUACCGGCGCUUGCGGGUGAUCGGCCACGGCUCGCACGGCAGCGUGUGGGAGUGCGAGGACGUCCACACGUCGGUGCGCGUCGCGUGCAAAACGAUCCCCCACUUUCGACGACCUUCCGCCGCCGCCGCCGCCGCAGUACCCACCGGAAUCCCCGCCGCGAGAGGCGGCGAAUCUGCCGCUCGACACGCUUCGCCGCAGGCGCAGGUGUAUGAGGUCUGUACCGAGGUAUCCGCGUUAAAGGCUGUCGGCGGACAUCCGAACGUGGUGCGACUCGUCGACGUGGUAGUGGGCUCCGCCGAGGCGCACCUCGUUAUGGAGCUCGCGUCGGGCGGGGAUCUCCUAACGGAGCUCAUGCACCGCGGUCCGCUGGACGCGCCGCUGGCUGCUACAGUGUUCCGGCAGCUCGCAUCGGCUGUCGCGUUCUGCCACGCGUGCGGCGUCAUGCAUCGCGACAUCAAACCCGACAACGUGCUGCUCGUGCGCCCUCCGCCGCCGCCGGCUGCGGCGCCCCCUCCGCCGUCCGCGCGGACGCCGCAGGGUAUGACGUCAGCGGCGGAGGAAUGUGAACCUGCGGUGGGGGAAAUGCGAGCGGAAUUGCGCGAGGGAAUGGCGCGCGGGAGGUUCUUGGGGGAGAGGGGAGAGGAGGUGUUUGGGGAGAACGGGAGGUUCGGAGAGGAGUGCGGGAGGUUCGGAAGGGAAAGCGGGAGGCUCGGAGGGGAGAGGGUGUUGGGAGAGGGGUUUAAGAGGCGCGUGCCGGGAAAUGCGGUGCGGGCUUUCGCCGUCCGAACCAACCAGGCUGGAGGGAUGUCUGCCCAGCGGCAAGACAUGGGCGCGGGCACGCGCGUAUACAUGGCUCCCGAAAUCACUAGACUGUCUGAAAUCAUGAGACGCGAAAGCACGAGACCGGAGUUUAUGUCUUCGGUAGGAGCUGAAACGGGCAAGUAUGGCUUUAAGGCAGAUGUUUGGAGCAUGGGAAUGACACUCUGCACGAUGCUGACUGCGCGAAUCCCCACCGUUCCUUUGGAUUUUGAUCAUCCUGCGUGGGGAGGGGUGCCGGCGGAGGCGAUGGAUCUGGUCCGUCGGAUGCUGGUGGUGGACCCAGAUCAACGGCUGAGCUCGUUCGAGGUGCUGGAGCAUCCGUGGCUGAACCAGACGGCCGUUCGAUCGUUGGACCCGGCCGUGCGCUGCCCCCACCUGCUCUCGCCCUCCCUGCCUGGCGAAACUAGUGGUAACCAGGUUACACGGAUCGUCUGUGCGUAG